AAGAGCUCACCCCAGCUGGGUUCCUGAGCCAGGGCCAGGGCUCCCCUGAAGCGCGCGCUCUGGCUCUGCACGGGGGCCAUCCUGCAUGCCUAAUCGGCUAUUUAAGGAGCUGCCCGCCAGCAGCCCAGGCACCCUCCCCUCCCCACUUUCAUUCGCCCAGAGCCACCUUAAAAGCAGGAGGCAAUCGCAAAGUCGCUGGCCAGCUAGUGGUGUGGAGGCUGCAGAGGGAGAUAGAGGUGGCGAGAGAUUUAUCCAAGGACCCAGAAAUCCUUGGUACCCUAUUGGAAACAAGUCCCAUUGGAAGUCUGCAGAGAGAAGAGAUUAAAAAGACAUACCUAACUCCAGGACACAGUCUCUCUCUCUCUCUCUCUCUCUCUCUCUCUCUCUCUCUCUCUCUCUCUCUCUCUCUCUCUUCCAUCCACUUUCCCUAGUCCUCUAGUCCCCAAAGUCCUGGAGCCCUAGUGCCCUGCGCAUACCAUGUUGUUCUUCACCCUCCUGUUAGAGGUGAUUUGGACCCUGGCUGCAGACGGCGGACACCACUGGACAUAUGAAGGCCCACAUGGUCAGGACCACUGGCCAGUCUCUUACCCUGAAUGUGGAAGCAACGCCCAGUCCCCCAUCGAUAUCCAGACAGACAGUGUGAUAUUUGACCCCGAGUUACCUGCUCUGCAACCCUAUGGAUAUGACCAGCCUGGUACUGAGCCUUUGGACCUGCACAAUAACGGCCACACAGUUCAACUCUCUCUGCCCCCUUCUUUGUAUUUGGGUGGACUGCCCCAAAAAUAUGUAGCUGCUCAGCUCCACCUGCACUGGGGUCAGAAAGGAUCCCCAGGGGGAUCAGAACACCAGAUCAACAGUGAAGCCACAGCUGCAGAGCUCCACAUCGUGCAUUACGAUUCUGAUUCCUUUGGCAGCUUGAGUGAGGCUGCCCAGAGGCCUCAAGGCCUGGCUGUCCUAGGUAUCCUAAUUGAGAUGGGUGAGACUGAGAAUCCAGCUUAUGAACACAUUCUGAGCCAUUUGCAUGAGAUUAGACAUAAAGAUCAGAAGACGUCAGUGCCUCCCUUCAGGGUGGGAGAGCUGCUCCCCCCGCAGCUGGAGCAGUUCUUCCGUUACAAUGGCUCGCUCACAACUCCCCCCUGCUACCAGAGUGUGCUCUGGACAGUCUUCAAUCAGAGGGCCCAGAUUUCAAUGGAGCAGCUGGAAAAGCUUCAGGAGACAUUAUUCUCCACUGAAGAGGAGUCCUCUGAGCCUCUUGUGCAGAACUACCGAGCCCCUCAGCCUCUUAACCAACGAACAGUCUUUGCUUCUUUCACCCAAGUGGAAUCCUUGUAUACCACAGGUGAAAUGGUGAGUCUAGGAGUGGGAAUCUUGGUUGGCUGUCUCUGCCUUCUGCUGGCUGUUUAUCUCAUUGCUCGGAAGAUUCGGAAGAAGAGGCUGGGAAACAGGAAGAGUGUGGUCUUCACCUCAGCACGAGCUGCCACGGAUGCAUAGACUCCCUCUCAGACACCGUGGAUGCCUUCACUGCACCACUAUCAGGGAGUUUCUACAAUGGGGUGCAGAGACUGGUCAGAAAACACUGCUAGGAGUAGUAGGCAGAUACCCAUCCUUCUUUUGGACAUUGCCCCAUAGCAAGGUAAGGACCUAGGUUCUCCUUCAAGGAAGAAGAGCCGAGUCUUGAGCCUCUCAGAGCACAGGGAAGUAGAUCAGGAGAUCCUUGGGUAUUAACAUAGAAGGCAAAUUAUAUUUAGUUAUAAAAGAAGUGAGGAUAGGCCCCAAAGGUCCCUUACCCUUCACCUUUAUGCCCUUUCCCCAAAUAUUACAGGGUCUCCCUUUAGAGAAAAGGCUGUUGUUGGGAAUAUGUAUAUUUGCUCAAUCUAUUUGGAUAUUUGGAAAUUAAAAUCUUUGACUUCAA